AUGAAUCUGACUGACCUCAUCUCAGAUGCCCUCGAGUGCAAUGACUCAGUCAUGCUGAGGUUAUGGGAUCUGAGUAAGGCGUUCGAUGUUGUUUCCCAUAACAUCCUUCUAGGGAAACUGAAAAAAAUAUGGCCCAAAUUCCGGAGUUACGUUCCUGAGGAUGAAUCACUGAAAGAGAACGUUGUUCCUGCAGCUAAACCUGGAGAUGUAGAAAGUGAAGUCAAGUCCCAACUAGAGGCAGCUAACUCCAAAGUGGUCAUUGAAGAACUGGAUCUUUCAAAUUUGGCUCCUGGCAAACGAGACUGGGAAUUGGAGCGAGACGUUGCGAAGAAACUCGAGAGGUUAGAGAAGAGAACUCAGCGGGCCAUCGCAGAAUUAAUUAGAAAUCGGCUCAAGACAGGACAAACGAACCUUGCCACCAGCGUCAACAUAGGAGCUCGUGCAACGCAGGAAGAUGUUGACGAGGACUAGACUCUUGUAGAUCUUAGGUUGUAAAUAUCCAUGUAAAUAAUACCAAUACAUUUUUGUACUGAA